UGUGAUGGUUUCACAUCAACUUUUUCACCGAUUUCUCACCUCUUCUUGCACCGUUUGCGACCAGCAAUGAGUCGAACAAACACUUUUCGAGGAACUUUUUCGACGCAGACAUGAAGACCCCACUUUUUGAAGUGGUCAGCCAGCUCAGGACUCGCCCAGCGGCGCCCAAGAGGGGCGUUCCCGGGUCCAGCGGCUCUUCCGUCCGGCUGAGUGACUGGUGGCAGGAGGGGAAGAGGGCCCUACUUGUGCUGCUGUGUGAUAAUGGGUUCCUGUUACUUCAGCACAUUGUUGAGGGGAGGAAAGUGAACACCCGGCAGCUGCCAUGGUUUCAGCACCCAGGCAAGGCCAUCCGGGCCAUGGCACUGGACCCACGGGGGACAUGGCUGGUGUGUGCCAGUGUCAGAGGGUACCUGUACAUCAUCCCAGCUUUACUUCUCCUGGAUCCGUCUGCUGCUGUCAAAGUUCUGUGGAACAAGGAUGACGUCACAGAGGUCAAACCAACUGUCAGACAUGCUCCCCCUACCUGCAUUGUGUGGUGGUACACCUUUGAUGAUAAACAGGUUGCCAUUAUUGGCACUGAGAUAGGAGAACUGGUGUUUGUAGACCUGAUACUGGGGAGAGAGGUGGGCUCUGCACAGGUCAGGGAACAUGUGGUAACAAUGGACCUCGUCAGGGACGACAACCACUCUACAGUACACCUGCUGGUCCAGACUCAGUCAGGUAUCCAGUGGAGACUCCUGCUGGAGCAGCGCUCCUCCAUCUUGCCUGAGUCCCCGGGGACCGCCUCGGGGCUGGGCUUCGAGAUGGUGGACGCUAUAGACAGCUUUCUGCACACAGAUGAACCACGUCCUGAGUUUGCUCCAAAGGUGCUGAGCCAGUUCACUGAUGAUGUCAGACUGUCUGCCCAGCAGGCCAAGGGCUGUAGCCUGCUCAUGGCACAGGACAGGAGCAGGGCUGUGUGUAAGGUAUAUGACAGUGGUUUACAGAGGUCAGCCCUGUAUGUGUACAGACUACCUCACGACUCCUCACACAUCCUGCUCACAGACAGACUCAUGUUUGUCACCACAGCAGCCAGGGACACACAGGUAAAGUUGAAUAUAGUAUCCAACCAGAUGUCCGAGACAUCAGCAGAGGAGGCACAGACAGAGGAAACCAACUUGCACUCCAUCCUGCAGUCCUUCCCCCUCCCUCCACAUGAGCAGGUCCUUGCACUGUACAGGAAAACUUUCCCCCCUGAUCUCCUGAACAAACUGGAUAGUCUUCACAGCCAAUCACAGGACAGGAUUCAUGGCAGCAACCAAUCAGAAGAAAAGGGUGCUCUAGCCAGCCAAUCAGCCAAGGCUUCUCCCUCUAGUGCCGUGAAUGUUGACCAAUCAGAGGUAGACAUGACCCAGAUAGACUUUUCACAGGGAACUCUUUUGGAGGGAUGUGUUGUUGUGACUUCAGCAGGAGUGUAUGAGUGUAGACCCAGGACAGUCCCAGAGCAGCUGUUCCUUGACCUUGCUGUAACAGCAGGAGACACAGCAUCAGCUGAGAAACUGGGCAUCACUCUAGGGCUGGAUAUGAACAUGUUAUAUGAGGUGUCAGCUGACUGCAUGCUGUCGAAGGGAGAGGUUGUACAGGCUGUGAAGCUGUACCAGCUGUCCAAGGCCCCGCACAGCAAGCGCAUCAAGAAGCUGGCACAGUAUGGUCACAUGACUGAGGUCAUGACACAUCUGAAGCAGGUGCUGAGUAAGCCAGGAGAGCUGCCAGCUAAAGAGGAGAAGCAGCUGUGUGACUGUGCCCUGCACUGUUACACUCAGCAGCUCCUGCAGCACCCGGACAGACCAGCCAUCGUGGAGAGUUUCCGGGAGUUCCUCAUGGAUAACUUCCACUAUGACGAGCAGGCAGCACUGCAGCUGUUAGCCUCGCAGGGCCUGCACCAGCUGCUGUUUGAGGUAGCUAAGGCCCGUGCCCUGGUGCCUACAGCACUGGAGCUGCUGGCCCACCAGGGCAUCCUGCACCUGCCUGGGACCAUCCUGUCAGACCUGCUGAGUAAAGAUUAUGGCCCGGCCAUCUGUACAGCUGCCGCAGGUGCCUUCCUCAAGGCCCUGCCUUCAGGGGAGAUGGUGAGGGUACUGCUGACUACACCUGACAUGGCACUGGCUCACACAGGCAUGCUGUCCUCCUGUCUCCCCCAGCUUGAGGACAGCACACUGCUGAGUCUAGCCAGGCUGUUCGACCCCUCCAAAUCUGUAGUGUCCAGGGCUCUUCACAUGGCAAGGGCCAGGCACAGAACCACCUCUUCGUCCAGUGUCAUAUCGAUCAGUAGUCUGGACAGUGACCAGUCCCAUCCAGACAGAGGCAGCCGGGCAGCCAAUGCUCGAGAGCUGGUCCAGUUCUUCCUCUAUGUACUUAUUGUGCUCAACUACAGGAGAGACCACCAUUGUGAAAAGGGUGGCCCAGAGACAGCUGAUGAGGUGCCUGUAAAACGGAAACCUCCAUUUUCACAGGCAGCUGUGGUCUCCUGUGGACAACAGCACGCUGCACUUUUAACAGAGGAGGGAGUGUACACGUGGGGGAAGGCCCACCAGGGCAGACUGGGCCAUGGGCAGCUGCUGGGGGACAGUGGGUACGUGCCGCCCAUGCGGGUGGAGACCCUGUCCAUACAGCGGGUACAGGUCAUGUCUGUGUCAUGUGGACAGGACCAUACACUCGCACUGGGUCAGAAUGGGCAGGUCUAUGCGUGGGGUUCAUCCACCUAUGGGCAGCUGGGUCUGGGAGACUGGGACAGACAGACCCACCCAACCCUGGUCACCCAGCUGAAGGAUGUAUUCUGUGUCGCCGUGACAACAGGACAGUACCAUUCUGCAGCCCUGGAUGGGGAGGGAAGGGUGUGGACGUGGGGGUGGGGUGUACAUGGCCAGCUGGGUCAGGGGAAUGCAGAGAACCUGAACAAACCCCACCUGGUGGCCGGACUACAGAACACUGUCCAGGUCACCACUGGGUACGCUCACACCGCAGUACUCAACAGGAGUGGGGAGGUCUUUACGUUUGGAUGUGGUCUCCAUGGCCAGUUGGGACACGGCGCUACAGACAAAGUCAGCCUCCCCCAGAGGGUGCAGGGGAUUAUGGGUAAAGUCACCAUAGUUGCCUGUGGACUCUUCCACACGGUGGUGGUGACAUCCAGUCAGCAGGUGUACACGUUUGGUCGACACCCCCAAGUCUGGAAGCAGUACCUACAGAACAGUCGUCGGCAGGCGCGGGCCAGCACCUCCUACACACAGAGCCCUGCCAAACAUGCCAUGGGCCUGUCAGGGGAGCUGUUCAAGCCUGUGUGGGUACAGUGUAGGGUGGAGGGGAGGAUCAGGCAGGUGGCAGCCGGGGCUGUACACAACCUGCUGUUAAGCACCACAGGUGAGGUAUUCUCCUGGGGCAUGAACAACUGUGGACAGCUGGGACACGGGGGCAGGUCAGAGGUCGUCAUUCCCAAGGUCGUACACGUGUUGUCGGGGAAACUGGUGGUCGCCAUAGCAGCAGGAGAGGACUUCUCCGCAGCCGUUGGCAGAUCAGGGAAGGUGUGGGUGUGGGGCAGGAACAGCCACGGUCAGCUGGGGAUAGACAUGAAGCAAGGUUCCUCCUCAUCAUCAUCAUCACUGGGGAUGCAGAUCUCCUCCUUCAUUGGUCGAGACGUGCUGACGCCCCUGCAGCUCCAGGGCAUCCCCGGGGCCAUCGUGUUGAGAGAAGAGGAUGCUACCGGUAAUGGCAUCAGUGGUGAAGAUGAAGAGAGUCUGGAGGACCCAGAGGAUGACCCAGGUCUGCCUGACCUGUCUACAGCAGACAAGGGCGGUCCCUCCUACGGCAGACAGGCGCUGGGAGCUGCCAUUAAACACCUCAGGACGUUCUAUCAGCCACAGGAUGUAGUCAGACUGUGCCAGGACUAUGAGGACUGGGCCAGUGUUGCAGACAUCUAUGAUGAACUCAGGCUUUUCCCACAGGCUUUGGUCUACAGACUGAAGGCGAUGAGGAGAGCUAACUCAGAGAUGUCUGAUGAAGCUGUCAAUCAUGUGGCUUCCUACAUCACCAUGGUAACAGAGGACAGUACUGAGGGGACAGAUUCCAGUCAACAAUACCUGCAGCUUUUAGAAGGGAUGGUUGAGUUUUGGCAGGAGGCAGGUCUGGAGACAUCUGCCCUGGAGCCUGUGUUGGAGGAACAUCUGCCCACACUGGCCUGUCCACUCUUCAUCGUGAUUCACAGGAGGAGCAGGGAGCCCCAGACUGUGGGAGAGACUGAAGCUACAGCGGCUCCACCUGCCCAGUCUGUCAUGUUCUCCACACAGUUCCACCUGAAGCUGACAGCAGCUGUCACUCAACAGAUCACACAGGGAAAGGUUCCUUCGGAACAAGAAGAGGCCUUACAGGAAGCAAUUCUGGGAUCCAACCACAGCAGCCUGCUCCCGUUACCUAGCAACUCGGACAGCCUGGUCCCAGAGGAGAAACUCUGGCAGGAGAUCAUGCACAACCUCCAAAAGGAUGCUGGGAAGAGAGGGUACAUCCAGCUGUCUCAGAGUGAGGCUGAGGCCGUGUUUGGCGACCCUAGGCCAAAGGAGGAGUCCAGGAUCCCGCAGAAGGCCGUGUUCUUCACCUGCGGACAUUCUUACCGCGAGGACGACUAUCGGGAGGAAGUGUACAGGUUUGAGAGUCGUAUGAAGUCCCAUGGUGCCCCCCUCCCCCUCUCCACCAGACUGCUGUGUGACCAUUUCAACACUAACACACAGAUCCCCAUGGCCUGCCCAAAAUGUGUGCUCAACACUGUACUCAACGAUUGAAUCAAAAGCAAGGAAAUGGUACCAGAAAUUCAUUUAAGUUUGCAGCACAUAAAUGAUGUGGCCAGGUGAAAAUCAAGACUUUGUGGUUGACACAGCCAUAGUACCCUGGUACAUGUAACACAAUGCACGACAGUUCAAACCUUACAGUCCUAUGGCUGCACCUCGGGUCUUAUUGAGGACACCUGAGUCACUCCAGACCCUUGCAGUUCAGCCCCACGGAUUUUUAGCUCUCACAAUUCAGCACUUCACUUCAAGGAGGGAUUGGCCGGCACAACCAAUAACAACAGUGCAAAACUCUCACCGCAAAAACUGUGAUGAUAAGACCACUGCAAAUAUUUCACAAUUUACAGUAUAUUGUGAUUCCCUUCAAUGUCAUUCCAUUAUAUACAUGAUAUAGUUACUAUGUGUACUAUUUGAGUCUUACUAACUUUCAACUCAUUACUAAUCUAGUGCAAUCAGACAGAAAUAUACACAAUAGUAAUUAGCAUUUACAGAAAACUAAGAUUACUAUAAAUGUUGCUUACAAAGGCUUGGCCUGCUAAAUAAGUAGCCUUGUCAAAGACUCUUAAUAGGAACAACUUAACUAGACUUUUACUACUCAAAGUAUUUACCCAGUGACAGGAAAAGGUACCAAAGUCACUCAAGAUGUUAAGUCCUGGAGUAAGUUUUCAGGAAAAAAUGUACUGAAAAGUAUGUCCUGAUAAUAACUUGAAGGUUGAAAUAUAUUAAUGAAGUUUUAUGAGGAUGCUUUUGUUACUCACAACAACAAAUGGUAGAAAAGAAACAUCAUGUGCUUAUAAUAUUGUUGGUUUGCUUUUAUCUGUAAUUCUGGUAUUACAUGGUAGGAGGCAUUGUUGUAUUUCUGCCAUUGCAAUGACUAUUAGUAAUUACUCUUUGUAUUCCUCUGAAAGAUGUAGUAUGCACACCCUGAAUACACGAAAUUAAAACACUGGUGCAGAGGAAGAGGUUGAAGAUUGGGAACAUGGGUUUAAUCACUGGCCCACCUGUCUAGAAGUUGUGUGCUUGGAUAGGCACUCCACAUGGCU